AUGGUUCUAUUAAGCGUCACAAAGCUCGACUUAUUGCCUGGGCUUUUACUCAAGAAUAUGGGAUUGAUUAUACAGAAACAUUUUCCCCUAUUGCUCGUCGUACUUCAGUUCGCAGCUUCCUUGCCAUUGAUGUUGCUCACCAUUAAAGUCUUUGUCACAUGGAUGUCAAGAAUGUUUUUCUCAAUGGUGAUCUCACUGAGGAAGUUUAUAUGUAACAUCCUCCUAGUUCCUCAGUUUCAUCCACCAAAUGCCCAUGAUUCUGCUUUGUUUAUUCGCAAGAAAAAGUGUGGUAUUCUUCUUCUUCUUCUCUAUGUGGAUGAUAUGAUCAUCACUAGGGAUGAUAUAAUGGAUAUCUCUAGUCUCAAACAGUUCCUCAGUCGCCAGUUUGAGAUGAAAGAUUCGAGUCUACUUAGCUACUUCCUCAGCUUGGAAAUUUCUUCAAAUCCUUCUAGUUACUUUCUCACUCAGGCCAAGUAUACAUCUAAUCUCUUAGCUCGUGCUAGUCUUACCGAUUGCAUUGUUUAUGUUGUUCACAUUGUCAGUCAAUUCAUGGUUGCUCCUUGCUCUCCACACUAUGAUGCUCUGGUUCACAUUUUGUGCUAUCUUAAAGACACUAUGUUUUAUGGUCUUCACUACUCAGCACACUAUUCUCUACAGCUACACGCCUUUUCUGAUGCAGAUUGGGCAAGGGAUCCUACUGACCGCCAUUAUACUACAAGGUUCUGCUUCUUCUUGAGUGACUCUCUCAUUGCCUGGCAUAGCAAUAAGAAAACUUUUAUUGCUCGUUCUAGUACUGAGGUUGAGUAUUGUGCUCUUAUUGAUACUUCUCAAGAGCUUGUGUGGCUUUGUUGGCUUCUUUCUGAUAUAGGCAUUUCUCAUCCUACUGCCACUAUACUCUAUUGUGACAAUCAGAGUGCUAUUCAAAUUACACAUAGUGAUGUCUUCCAUGAUCGCACCAAGAGAGUAGAGAAAGGUCCUGCUCUUUUUCUAGACAUCGGUAAAAUAUCUACCAAUAGAGGGUUUUCGUGA